AUGCACUUCGCCACCUUCACCACCGCCAGCAUCCUUGCUCUCGCCUCCUCCGCUCUCGCCGGCAAGGCCGCAGUCAAGAACAACUGCCCUCAAGACGUCUACCUCACCAUCACCCGUCAAGACCAAUCCCACACCCAGCAAAAGCUCGCCGCCAACGGAGGCUACUACAGCGAGCAACUCCAAGGCCAAGGCAACAGCUACGGCCUGACCAAGAACACCGACUACUACUCUCCCAACACUGCCAAGUUGAUCUGGGGUGCUUCUGACAGUGCUGGUGUUGUUUACUACUCGCUCAACAAUGUUGAUGGAAACCCCUUCGACGGACAGAGUGUGAGCCUCACUGGAAACCAGCCUAAUUGCCCUGCUGUUACUUCGGUGGAUGGAAGCACCAAGGCUUGCUCUGAUGCCAAUGACUUUACUCUUACUGUCUGCUAG